AUAAAGAAAUCUGAAAAACAAACAAUGGCUAUCCACUUUAGAAGCAAUGAGCAGGCGAAUGCAAGUUUCACGAAUGAAAGUUUCAAUGAGGGGGACUAUUCAGGCACAAAGUCUAAAGAUGAUGCACGUCCAACAAAGGAACCAAAGAAUUCUAAGGGGAAAAAGGUUAUCACGGAAAAUACUCCCAACUUUCCUGCCACUUGUCGAAUCGUUGAUGAUGCCAGUUCCAACACUUCCUUAGCCCGUGGGGCUGCCAAAGUUGCACGUAGUUGUGCUUCUGUUGCUCGUGAUCGUGCUUCUACUGCCCUCUGCAUCGACAAGGCCAAUGCUGCUCGUGCUGCUGCUGACGCUGCUGACGCUGCUGCGGUUGUCGCUGAUGACGCUGCAGAUGCUGUCGAUGCUGCGACCAAUUGUAUUGCCGCUGGCAUUGCUGCUAUUAGUCACACUAAAGCUGUCGAUGAUUAUGAAGCUGCCAACACUUUAUAUAUCAACCACCCAGAGUAUUAUGCUGCUCUCUAG